UGUUGAUCCAUCAGAGGCAGCCCAGCCCUUUGCGGGAAACUGCAUCCAUGGCAACAUCAACAGACAUGAAAGUAGCUGUCGUCGUUGGAGCGUCUAGGGGGAUAGGGCGCCAAGUUGCGAUUGACCUUGCGAGGAGCCAAUACAGAGUCGUCGUCGCCGCCAAGUCCACAAGCGACGCGAAGACACUCACUCCAUUCCCGCCAGAUCCGAACUCACACGAGUCUACGAUCAAUACAGUGGCAAGGGAGAUAAGUGAGGCCGGCGGCGAGGCGACCGCUAUCCCUGUGGAUACAAGGGACUUGACCUCUGUCAACGAGUUGAUCGAACAGACUAUCAGGGUAUACGGCCGCAUCGAUGUGGUGAUUUAUAAUUCGGGGGCUAUAUGGUGGGCCGCCGUUCAAGACACCCCGAUGAAACGAUUCCAGCUUAUGCAACAAGUCAAUCCGGAAGGGUUGUACGGUGUUGUUCAAGCAUCCCUACCCCAUCUCAAGGAGAGGAAAACUGGGCGUCUGGUCGUUGUGAGCCCACCCAUUUACAGUCGCUUCGCGAGAGGCAAAACCGCCUACGCCAUGGGGAAGAUGGGCAUGUCGGUUCUCACCAUGGGCCUGGCCAUGGAUCUCCAGAGGGAGGGGCUCAGCGACAUGGCAAUCACAAGUAUCUGGCCUGCUGUUGCUAUCGAGUCAGCGGCCACAGUGAGAUUUACUCGAGAACACCCUGACGAGGCCAAGGAUUUGAGGAAGCCGACCAUUUUCUCCGAUGCCAUCUUGGCCAUCCUCAGGGCUCCUGCAUCUAGCGUGAAUGGGCUUCUGGCGCUUGACGAAGAUUUCCUCCGACUUCAUGGGGGCGUGACCGAUUUCUCUGGGUACUCCGUUGUCCCAGGGGCCUAUCCCCGAAGGAUAAUGCCCGUCAAGCUCCCCGACCUGACAGUUGAAGAGCAAGAUGACGAGGGAAAGAGGUACGAUAGCUCCAAGACGACGAGCGGGUCGAAGCUGUAGCUCUUGAUGGUGACAGAGGUUAUCUCUGGCAAUACGCAAGUAACGUUCCGAGCAUACCACGCACAGUCGGCGUGGACUAAUGUCAAUACUGCUGCGUGACCCCGCCAACAAGUGGUGUUCAUCAUACCCGGGUAGCCAGCCGAGCUUUCCUGGCGUCGUCUUCUCUGCGGGCCUCGCUUCGAGCCAAGAAACCCUGGCGCUCAGUGUACGAGUGCUUUGACUUGCCGGCGAGUUUCAGUUCGUCCUGAAUGCCUUCCUUGUCCACAUAGCCAGCCCAAUCAACUCGGCUCUUUUCCAACGUGGUGAGCUUCUUGGGCUCAGACCCGUUGCCCCCCUCUCUUGCCUUCAUUCUUGCCGCAAUGCCCAAGUUCAGGUCCGUUCGUUGCAUCAGUUGCUCCGGAGCCGGUUCGAAUAUUGAUCUGAACGCUUUCCUUGGUCUGCGCUUUGGUUGCUCAGUGCUACUCGGGUCUGUAGCUUCGGCUGACGUCUCCAUAUAUAACUUUGCCUCUGCCGAGUCCCAUGGGACAAGCUUUUCCUCGGUGUGGACUUUACCCGCGAAAUUUCGCGCUGGGGGCUGAGGUCGAUUCAUCUCGGCCCAUAACGAAUCGACGUCGAUGGUCACCUGUCCACUGGCGGCAAAGGUUUUCCGUUCGGAUUUCCUAAAGGAUAUCGUCAGCUAUUUCGGCGGCGAAAAUUGGAGAAAUGUGUGUAUGGUAGGUAUAGACAUACUCUAAUGCGCGCUGGCUCCGAGUUUUGAUCAGCCCACCCUGACCUCCGCUCUCGUCAUCUUGCCCGGCCUCGAGCUCCUUUCCUUUCCUGCGCCGCUUGUUCUUUGCC